AUGUCUUCUGCCUCCGCCUCCUGUGCCACCCGGCCUGACUUGGCGGAGCCAGCUAGUUUAUUGGAGUCCUUGCAGAUUCUUCGGUCCGAAAACCCGCAGUAUAUGGCUAUUACACACCCUUCCACAGAGCAAGUUGAUGACUUGAACUCAGUCAUCCAGUGCUUGCGACUGCAGUUGGAUGGCGGAGUGGAUGGAGCCACGGGUGACGAGACAGCGUACGAACUCGCUGUCGCGCUUCUGUGGCACUCCGAUAAGUCGCUCAUCGAGGAAGGUGUGCUGCUGAUGGAGUACUUGCUUAAGGAGCGUUGGGACCACUAUUGGUCCACUGUCAUCCGCAGGCCACCCGACACCGAUGUGGACGACGACGAACAUGGGAAGUCCUUGGGCAGUGAUCUGGUGGAGAGCGCCCCAGAAGAGGAUGGCCUCGACGACGGCAGGCCCCACGAUGACGAGUGGCUGGGAAUCUCUGGCAGCCCUUCUGACGGGAAAAGUGCGAGCAGCAGUAGUGCAGCAGCUGCUGCAGAUCCCUGUUUUACUCAUUGCACGAACAACGAAAUGGUCGAGAGCGCCGAAAACACAGGGCCGUCAGUGAUCUUGCGUGGCUCUGCUGUCCAAUUCGCCACAGCCCCGCCGCCGCCAGAGGUUGGAUACGGAUCGGCACCGCCAUCGCUGAUGCGUGACCGUGCACAGCCUUCGGCGUGCAGGUGGGGUGCAUCCGGCAUGACAGUCGCCUCAUCCUGCUCCUCUGCUACUACGGCGGCAAUGACCAGCACACAGUGCUUACCGAAGGCGUUGGGUGCGUCCUGCACAAGUCCGAGCACGGCGGGCUCAAGCACUCACAGACACUCUUCUAAUUGUGAAGAUGCGCACCCGCAUUAUGAGCGCCUGGCCAGCUGCUACUACCACCUCGCUGUCGGCUACACAAAGCUGCGCAAGAAUGAAAAGGCUCUCUUCUACGUCAACAACGUGCUUCGGCUCAUCCCCUGUAGUGAAGAGGGACAACUUUUGCGGCGUCUCUUGUGUGCGCGCUUGUACGUGCAACAUGUUUUUAUUUUUACUGUUCCACUGCUUGCUGUGGGGUUCCUCUUUUUGUAG